AUGUCUGAAGAGGCCAGUGUUAAACGUACUUUGGAUCUUGAAGAUGGACUAGCUAAGGCGGCCUCUGCUACAUUUAAAGAGGGGGGCGCUUCAGAUCAGCCAUCAAAGAGACAAGACACCCGCGGCAUCGCACAAUUAAAGCCCGAAUAUGUCAUACUGACCGAUCCGCAAUCAGUCGCAGGACCUGCAGUUGUGGCUUCGGCUCAAGUUGAAGAAGAAGAGCCGGUGUCAGACCGCAUGGCUGGGGGUGCUGUGGGCAAAAAUAGUAAGAAAAAGCAGCGGGGCCAGAAUAAAAAUCGUAACAAUAUCCAGGCGAAGGAAAAGCAUCAAUUGUGCUCGAAACUUUUAUUGGGACCAGGCCAUGGCACAUGUCCCUUUGGAUCCCAGUGCCGCUAUUUGCAUAACGUUAAUGAGUAUCUCGCUCUGAAGAGACCAGAAAUCUCAAGCGACUACUUUCCCAUGUGUCCGGUGUUCGAGAGCAUGGGUCGCUGUCCGAUGGGAUUCAAAUGCCGCUUUUUGUCAUCACACUUGGACACGGAGUCAAAUUCGAUCGUUGAAAAGCCCCAGGGCGAAACGCAGAAGCUUUACCAAGUAAACCACGAAGUGAAUCACAUUGCCUCCGACAAAAAACUCGAUUUGAUCAAGCGCCGGUACCCAUUCGAGAAGAGCGAAUUUAUCCUGGAAAUCAUUGAUGCCAUACAGCAAGAGAACAGAGACGUCAUGAAAGAAGUGGGCCACCCGUCCGAGAAGAGCGACAAGAACGGCAAGAAAGCCGCCGAGACAGCACCUCAGAUUGCACGGAGAGAGGAAGAACUGGCCAAUCGCAGACAACGGCAACGCGACUUGUAUCUUCAGUACAAAGACACGCGGUAUUUUGCGCAGGAGAAAAAAAGACUGGACUUGAAGGGCAAGAAGAUCGUCUCUCCGCUCACCACGGUUGGCAAUCUCCCCUACCGACGUCUCAUGCGGAGUCUCGGUGCCGAUGUUACAUACUCCGAAAUGGCACUAGGUGUGCCGUUGAUCCAAGGAACCAACUCCGAAUGGGCGCUUCCCAAAGCACACGUUUCGGAAACACCCGGCUUUGGUGUCCAAAUCGCAUGUGCUAAGGCGUGGCAGGCCGCUAAGGCCGCAGAGGCCAUUGCUGACCAUGUAGACGACGUGAGCGAGAUCAAUUUGAACUCCGGGUGUCCGAUUGACCUUUUAUACAGACAAGGCUCUGGGAGCGCGCUGCUUGACAAUCCGGCCCGCAUGAUACGCUGUCUCAACAGCAUGAACUACGUUUCGCAAGAUGUUCCUGUUAGUGUUAAGAUCCGCACAGGUACUAAGGACGGACAUCCAGUGGCGCACAGUUUGGUCAACAGAUUGGUUAAUGAAACCGAUGUCGCCGCUAUAACUCUGCAUGGCCGUUCGAGGCAGCAGAGGUACACGAGAUCAGCAGAUUGGCAGUACGUCAGCGACGUGGCGCGUUCGUUACGGGAGUCUGAGGCUGAGUUCAACGAAAAGAACAAGGAUAGUCGGGAAAAUUCACAUCGGAUCCAGUUUGUCGGCAACGGUGACGUGAACAACUUCGAGGACUGGUACAAACAUUUACACGACGAUAACAUUGAUAGCGUAAUGGUCGCGCGAGGGGCUCUAGUAAAGCCUUGGAUUUUCGAAGAAGUAGCAGCGCAGCAGCAUCUGGACAAGUCCAGCAGCGAAAGACUUGACAUUCUCAAGGACUACGCACAAUUCGCGAUGGAUCACUGGGGCACCGAUGAAUACGGAAUAUCACAGUGCCGGAGGUUUUUCUGCGAAUUCAUGUCUUUCUUCCAUCGGUAUGUGCCCAUGGGCAUCUGCGCACGAUACCCAGUCCUCUUGAACGAAAGGCCACCCAACUGGCGCGGAAGAGAUGAGCUAGAAACAAGGCUGGGUAGCACCGACGUGAAGGACUGGAUAAAGCUGAGCGAGUUAUUCUUUGGGCCAAGCGACGAGACUUUCGUCUUCACGCCAAAGCACAAGAGUAACUCGUUUGCAAAAUAA